GACGUGGGAACCACCCAUCCCGUGACGUCACUGGGCUCUGACAAGCUGGUGGUGCCGGAAGAAAAGAUGGCGGAUCAUGAGGAGCAGCUAUCCGACGAGGAAAAGGUGCGCAUAGCGGCUAACUUUGUCAUCCACGCCCCACCAGGAGAAUUUAAUGAAGUUUUCAAUGAUGUGCGAUUGCUGCUCAACAAUGACAAUCUGCUCAGGGAAGGUGCAGCGCAUGCAUUUGCACAGUACAACUUGGACCAGUUUACCCCCGUGAAAAUCGAGGGCUACGAAGAACAGGUCUUAAUCACAGAGCAUGGUGAUCUUGGGAAUGGCAGGGUCUUGGACCCCAAGAAUAAGAUCUCCUUCAAGUUUGACCACCUGAGGAAGGAGGCCAGUGACCCACGGCCCCAUGAUGUUGACAGCUCCCUGGAAGGCUGGAGGAGUGCCUUGGACUCUGCUGUCAGGGCCUAUGUCAAGGAGCACUAUCCGAGCGGUGUCUGCACCAUUUAUGCGAAAACCAUUGAUGGACAUCAAACUAUCAUCGUGUGCAUUGAGUGCCAUCAGUUUCAACCAAAAAACUUCUGGAAUGGACGCUGGAGGUCAGAAUGGAAAUUUACCAUCUCCCCCUCCACCACCCAAGUGGCAGGAAUCAUGAAAAUCCAGGUUCAUUACUAUGAGGAUGGAAAUGUCCAGCUGGUGAGCCACAAAGAGGUUCAGGAGUCCAUGUCAAUUUCUAAUGAGGCUGCAACUGCAAAGGAGUUUGUUAAGAUCAUGGAGGCUGCAGAGAAUGACUAUCAGACGGCCAUCAACGAGAAUUACCAGACCAUGUCGGACACUACCUUCAAAGCCUUACGCCGCCAGCUUCCUGUGACACGUACCAAGAUCGACUGGAACAAGAUCUUGAGCUACAAGAUCGGCAAAGAGAUGCAGAAUGCUUAAAAACCGCAAAGAUAACAGUCAGAUCCCCACUCCCCGCCCCCAGCCCCUCCAUCCCCAUCCAAAAAAAUGUUGCAUGACUGGAUAGUUGUAUCGUCUUUGUACAAACAAUUAGAGAAAACGGGGGCAAAGAAAGGUUUGGUCUCACAGACGUCACAUGACACAUUGGAUGACUGUUUUGAUUUUAUACAGACACUCUCCUGUAUACUGAAUUUGUGUUCGUAUUUGGGAAAAUCUAUCUUGAGGAAACUUUGCGAGUCAUAGGACACAGGGUGGACACUUGUUUGCAUAAACACCCUUAUGAAAUAAAAUAUCAUGUGUGCAGUAAGUAUUGCAUCAGUGAGACCACACCUUUUUGUUUGGAAAAUCUGUUAGAAUUUGCAAUAAUGGUGAAAACAAAUUCAUUUCUGGGAGAAUUUUUGUCUGCAUUUACAGAGGAAGUCAGUUACUAUGGCUGAAACGAACAACUCCCCACCCCACACCCCUCGUGCCCCCACCACCACCCAAAAAAAAGAAGUUUUGUGUUCAUUGACUGAUAUAUUUGGCACAAGCAGCCACCACUGUCAGCCACUCAAUGUUCUUGUUCUCUCAUUCUGGUACUUCCCCCUCACCCUUUGUCCUGUGUGUGCGCUCUCCAGCUUGCAGCACUCCUGGCUACCUUUUGACUUGAUAUCGUCUGAACUCUCACUCAGUGCAGGGAGUUCUGUGACCACUUAACAAGCUUAAUUAACAAGUCAUCAGUCGCAAAAGUAAUUUGCAUAAUGUCCAAUUUACAAUAAAAUUUAAAAAAAAGUAUCACUUUCUCCUCCAGUGCUUAUUUUUAUUAAAAACAGAACCUGACUGUAUUAUAUAACAAGGCACAUUGUAAUAUAUACCUGUAUGAAACAUCCUGUCUGUCAGUUUGGUGAUUUGUUUCCAUGAGAUUAAUUGUAAUUCAGUCACAAUUAUGUUGCAUUAAAUGACAAAUUUUCUAU